CGCCAUUAUGACUCAGCCAUGAACAUGUGCAUUUUUUCGGCAACAGACCCAUCCAUGACUGGAUAGAUCUUCAGAGGACACAUGAACGUUUAAUUAUGGAAGCUGGGCAGUUGGCAGAACCCACCAGCACUGAUGAUAUGAUUAACCUGAGUUACCUAUUGGCUGGGGGAAGCUAUGGUGCAUACCAGUUCAGCAAUACUUGUGUUCUAGACUCCAUUUUGGCUGGAAUUCAUGUUCUUGCCAAAAUGUAUCCCCAAAUUCGAGAUUUGUUCACGAGGGAUAACAAAAUCAAUGCGGUUAUACGUUUCCUAGACUUCGCCAAGGUCAAUGAGGCAAAGGCACUGUGGCUUAUUAACUUGAGCCUUCGUAAGGAAGAAAACCUCAUGCAAAAUGAAUUUGUAGAUAUCAGAGGUUAUGUUAGAGACCACUUGACAAACUUCAUUGAGCUGGUAUGUGCCAGCUUCGACUAUGAUGACUCGCAAUCAAGCUCCACACCAUGUGACACAGUUCUCAACAACAUAUUGAGGAAGUUUGAGGAUUACGGUGAGGCACUUCCCUUAGGCACUUCUCGUCAUGAACCCAAACUCAUCCUGGUAGACAUUGAUGACCGGAUGUGUAUCCUACCUCCCCUCUCCAUCACUGAUGAUUAUGAAAGGACAUACGAGCUCCAGUUCCUCCUGAUGGGACAGAGUACACCCCUGUCCAACCACAUGGUCCUGUUCCUGUGCACUCAGCUGACUGGCAGAUGGAUGAUCUAUGACAACAUGAAAACACCCCUGGUCCAGGACAUUGGUGUGAGUGAACUACAGAGAGCUACAGAGAGGGACAAGUAUGUUUCCUAUCUUGCUGCUUAUGUGAAGAAAGAAUAAUAAUAAGGCUGCUUCGGGAGUCAAGGGCAUCCUCUUUAGAUUUUAGUUCUGUAUUUCCGAAAUCCUGUCCCAACUACAAUUAUUAGCAUUGUAAAAAAAAAUCCCCAUUUAAAAUUCUGUCAAUUUCAAGAUAGAUGUUUUUUUGCAUUGGAUGCGUCUCAAUCCACCGCAUACACCAAUGUCACUCUUCCGCAUCGGUGGUAAAAGGUGACAGCUUAAGCGGUGUUUGUCAGACCAUGAUACAUCCCGAAAAUCGGUCUUUUCACAAAGUCGUCUGUAGUGUUUGAACAGUUUAGCCUAUAAAACUAUUAUAACCCCUCAAUUGACAGAUGAGACUCUCGCGAACACAAUGGUAUUUGCCGUUAGGGACACGUCUGAAGUCGGUACAGCCAAUCUGCCAACAUCUGUCUGUAGUGUCCGAACAGUUUGGAGUACACACUAAUACUUCUCUGUGGAAAGGUGACAUACCUCACAAGACUCCUCUGAAGGUGUCCCGGUACCAGUUGAAAAGAUGAGUGGAAGUACAAUACCGUUCAAAAGU